UCCGGGUUCGGGCUCUCUUCAGCAGGUGCAUGGGUUGCGUGGAACCGCGCACUUCGAUUAGAAAGGACCCUAUUCGGCGCGCAAUUCGCGUCGACAGGUAAUCUUGGUAACUUUGUUUACUGCCAAAAGUGAGAAAAGAACCGUGUGGAAGCAAGAACCCUCUGUCACAGAGGGUAAGCACGGUGUUCGUCUCCUUGCGUCCAGUAAGCCAACGCGAUGCAGUCGCUCCGACCAUCACCAUCGUCGCGAAUCCGUCUCUCAAUCUCCCGCCAUUUCCUCUCUCCGAUUACCCACUUACCACUAAGAGCAGCAAGCAGAGCCUCGAUUGGAGUCGCCAGCGCUGCAGAUACCGGGCCUGUAGUUUCUUAUUCGCGCUUGAUCAAGAACGAUCGUCCUUCGGCGCGAACUCUGAAUCCUAAUUCAUCUGCCCUUCGGCGGGCUUUAACAGUCUCGCGACUGCCUUCCGCAGAUUCCUCCCCCUGCCUUCGCACCGCCGCGCAGUCCGCGCCGCUUGCGGGUACCGUUUCCCCUUUUCGUCCGCGCGUUGCGCCCAUCGCCCGCCGCGGGAUUUCGUCGGAGCAAGCGCCUCCGCGCAACGUGCGCGUGAUGGCGGAAGCGGAGCGGAAGGAGGAGGCCCCUGGCGAGGCGGGUCGAGCGGAGGAGGAGAGGGGCGGAGGGGAGUGCGCGGGGAAGACGCACCAGUACACGAAUCGCCUGGCCAAGGAACAGAGCCCGUACCUGCUGCAACACGCGCAUAACCCGGUUGACUGGUAUCCGUGGGGGGAGGAGGCGUUUGCGCGGGCGCGAGAGGAGGGGAAGCUGAUCUUCCUGUCGGUGGGGUACUCCACGUGUCACUGGUGCCACGUCAUGGAGGUGGAGUCGUUUGAGCGCGAUGACGUGGCGGAUAUCAUGAACGAGGGGUUCGUCAACAUCAAAGUGGACAGGGAGGAGCGCCCUGACGUGGACAAGGUCUACAUGACCUACGUACAGGCCACGCAGGGGGGGGGCGGGUGGCCCAUGAGUGUGUUCCUCACGCCAUCUCUGCACCCCGUCUUUGGCGGCACUUACUUCCCUCCAGAGGACAAAUACGGCCGCAUUGGCUUCAAGUCCCUGCUCAAGCGAGUUCGCUCUGUGUGGGAGGUCCGGCGCAGUGAGGUGCAGAGCGGUGCAGAGGAUGCCAUGGCGCAGCUGCAGGAGGCCAUGCAAGGGGGAGGGGCGAAGGCGAUGGUGGAGCGCCCCUCCACCAGCAGCAAGGGGGAGGGGGAGGCGGAGGGGGGGGCGGAGGGGAAGGCGGAGCAGGAGGAGGAAAGGGUGAGAAGACUAGCCGAGGAGGCAGUGAAGCUGUGCACGGAGCAGCUGGCCUCGCGGUACGAUCACAAAUUGGGGGGUUUGGGUCGGCGCCCAAGUUCCCCCGCCCCUCAGAACUCAACCUGCUGAUGAGGGCGCACCUGAGGGAGGCGCAACUGGGGGAGGAUGCGGAAAAGGGGAAG